AUAAAUCUUUCCAACUCUUGCGCAUUUCCUUCAUCUACCGCUUUUUUUCCCCUUCGUCCAUUCUUCGACGAAGAGCCCUCUGCGAUCAUUCUGAGUUAGCCUUCAAUGGCGAUGGCUCUACGCAGAGCAGGAAGAAGACUGAACUUCCUGAGACUCCUCACUACCUCUGCCUCCGGAAGCGACCUAUCUCCGUCAGAGAAGAAGCCCAUGAACCUCUUCUCUGCCAUCAAUAAUGCUCUUCACAUAGCACUCGAUACCGAUCCUCGUGCAUAUGUUUUUGGAGAAGAUGUAAGCUUUGGUGGUGUCUUCCGUUGCACAUCAGGAUUAGUAGAUACAUUUGGAAAAGAGAGGGUCUUCAAUACACCCCUUUGUGAGCAGGGAAUUGUGGGAUUUGGAAUUGGACUAGCAGCAAUGGGAAAUCGUGCUAUUGCUGAAAUUCAGUUUGCAGACUACAUUUAUCCUGCUUUCGAUCAGAUAGUUAAUGAAGCAGCCAAGUUCAGAUAUCGGAGUGGAAACCAAUUCAAUUGUGGUGGUUUGACCAUACGAUGUCCUUAUGGUGCUGUUGGGCAUGGUGGCCAUUAUCAUUCACAGUCUCCCGAGGCAUUCUUUUGCCAUGUUCCAGGUCUCAAGGUGGUCCUACCCCGGGGUCCAGAGCAGGCCAAAGGACUGCUACUCGCAUGCAUACGUGAUCCUAAUCCUAUUGUCUUCUUUGAGCCCAAGUGGCUUUACAGACUGGCAGUAGAAGAAGUACCCCAUGAAGACUACAUGCUCCCCCUAUCACAAGCAGAGGUAAUCCGUGAAGGAGAUGACAUUACACUUGUUGGAUGGGGAGCACAAAUAUCAGUUAUGGAACAAGCAUGCCUUGAUGCUGAAAAAGAUGGAGUUUCUUGUGAGCUGAUAGAUUUGAGAACCUUGAUUCCUUGGGACAAGGAGACAGUAGAAGCAUCUGUGAGGAAGACCGGAAGGCUGCUCGUCAGUCAUGAAGCACCCUUGACUGGAGGGUUUGGUGCCGAGGUUUGUGCUUCAAUUGUUGAACGUUGCUUCUUAAGGUUGGAAGCCCCAGUAACCAGAGUAUGUGGCCUUGAUACACCCUUUCCUUUGGUUUUUGAACCGUUCUAUAUGCCAACAAAAAACAAGAUCCUUGAUGCAAUCAAGGCAACUGUCAAUUACUAGAGCUCAUGUUUCCCCAACCGACAGUUGUAUUUAAGGAUUUGAAUGCUACUCCCAAGUUUCAAGUCCCUGUAUAGGUAGUUUACUGCAACAUGAAGCGAGAGGUUCUUCAUGGCCAAGGGGAUGCUUCUCACAAAGUUUCAUACUUCGAGAAAACAAAAUGCAACUGUGGCUACGGCAAGUAAAAGGCCAGCAUAGCCAGAUUAUGGAUCCUCGUUGUGGUAUCCGCAUGCAAUAGUAAUAGCAAAGUAUAAGUCUAUCUCCAUGUAAUAAUAAUGAAAUGUAUAAAUAAGUUCAGGUGCAAGUGAAUGAUUAUCCUGUAUCUUAUGGGGUUCUAAAUCUGUGGCACACUGAACAUGAAUACAAAAUCCGACAAAAAUUAUGUCUUUGCAAUAUUUUGGAUGGAUGCACGUGAUCUAGUCCAACUCCUGAUUGUGUUCACGAGUUGUGGUCUAACAGAUGAACUGCACACUUGAGCAUCCAACAGAUUGAAGGAGACACUGCUCAAUGUUUUGUUCUGUCUUUAAGAAGUGCUGGCCUUCAUCUAGGGACCUAUACAUUUUCUGGAUCUCCAUUUCAAACGGAUACAAUUGUUGCAUCUUUUUCA